AUGGAGCAACUCUCGGAGCUGUCAGUGUCUCCUCUGAUUCCGUCACUUCCAAACGACGUUACCCUCGACAUCGUAGCUCGCGUACCCAGAAGCCACUACCCAACUCUCUCCCUCGUCUCCAAGAGUUUCCGGAAACUCAUCGCCUCGUCUAAGCUCUACAAGAGGCGAUCUCAGCUAGGCAUCAACCAACACCGUCUCUUCGCCGUCCUCCGCAACAGCAACUCCGGUGAUUUCAGUCUCUACAUCCUCCACAGGAAACUCAACUGCACUAACCGCUUGGUGUAUGCGUUUAACGACAUCGACGUGCUCAGCAUUGACUGCACAUCUCACACGGUCCACCCCAUCGCCGACAUCCCUCAGCGCAUGGCUUAUAAAGUGGUUAACGCGGUCGGGAAGAAGGUUUAUGUACUCGGUGAUUCGUUUUGUCAUGUGAUUGAGGAGGGUGGUGGGUGGUGGAAAGGGUGGAGGAAGGCAGUGACGGUGUUCGAUGCAGAAACACAAUCGUGGGGGGCUAAGUUGGUGAAGGAAGAUAUGGCUAUAGGUCUAGGUCCCUUUUGGUCUGACUCUGUGGUGAUGGAGGGUAAGGUUUACAUGAAAGGCUGCAUCAACCGCAACUCUUUUGUUUAUGGGCCAGUGGGAAAGAAAUGGGAAGUGAUGGACGAGGUGAUGAACUCUAAGGACUGGGAAGGUGCGUGUGUGGUUGAUGAUGUCUUGUACUAUCACGAUUGUUCCGAGAAGGCGGUUUUGAGGGCUUUUGAUCCAAAGCAGAGGUGUUGGAGUGUUGUCAGCGGUUUGGAAGAGUUUUUGGCGGCUGAGACUGCUAAGUCGAAGUGGUGCGAUGCGGUGAGCUACGGCGAGAAGAAGUUGGCUCUCUUCUUUCCUAAGAAACAUGAAGGCAGUAAGGUCAUUUGCUGUGCAGAGAUUGCUUUGGAGAGACGCCAAGGAGGAGAGAUUUGGGGUAAGAUGGAGUCGUGUGAUGUUGUCGUUGACGAUGGGGUGUCUGAACUGGUGAAGUGUGUGGCUGUUACCGUUUGA